AUGGCUACGACUCCACCGAACAAACUCUCUCUCUUCCCUCUACUUUCUCUUCUCUGUUUCAUCUCCAUUUUCUUCCUUCUCUCUCUAUCCAAACGCGCUUCUCUCUCCUCUCCCAAUACCCACCGCUCCGCCACCGUCUUUCCCCCGAAAUCCGACGGUUCCCGCAAUGGUAUCUCCGCCGCUUGCGACUUCUCUGAUGGCUCCUGGAUCUACGACCCCAAUCCUAGAUCCGUCAGGUACGAUAGUAGCUGUAAAGAGAUCUUCAAAGGAUGGAACUGCGUUCGUAACAGCAAAACUAAUGGCCUCGAGAUCUCUAAGUGGCGAUGGAAACCUAAGGACUGUGAUCUGCCAUCGUUUGAUCCACUCAAGUUUCUCCAGACUCACCGAAAUACCAACAUAGGAUUUGUGGGUGAUUCUUUGAAUAGGAACAUGUUUGUAUCUCUGUUCUGCAUGUUAAGGAGUGUGACGGGUGAUUUGAAGAAGUGGCGACCAGCAGGUGCGGAUCGUGGAUUCACGUUUUUGCGCUAUAAUCUGACCAUCGCGUAUCAUCGAACAAAUCUCUUGGCACGUUAUGGUAGGUGGUCAGCUAAUGCUAAUGGUGGUGAGUUAGAAGCUCUUGGGUUUAAAGAGGGAUAUAGAGUUGAUGUUGAUAUUCCAGAUAGCUCAUGGGCAAAGGCUCCAAGUUUCCAUGACAUUCUCAUUUUGAACACCGGGCAUUGGUGGUGGGCGCCAUCAAAAUUUGAUCCGUUAAAAUCUCCCAUGAUCUUCUUCGAAGGCGACCGACCAAUACUUCCUACUAUACCUUCUGCUACUGGCCUAGACCGGGUUCUGAGCAAUAUGGUUAAUUUUGUGGAGAAGACGAAGCGACCCGGUGGGAUUAUAUUCUUCCGGUCACAAUCACCAAGGCAUUUCGAAGGAGGUGAUUGGGACCAAGGCGGUACUUGUCAACGACUACAACCUUUGUUACAUAGAGAAGUUGAAGAAUUGUUCUCGGUGAGGAACAACGGAACAAAUGUUGAGGUUCGUCUGGUGAAUCAACACCUCUAUAACUCCCUUAAGAGUAGAAGCAGCUUCCACGUCUUGGACAUAACUCGAAUGAGCGAGUACAGAGCCGAUGCUCAUCCGGCAGCAGCUGGUGGUAAGAACCAUGAUGACUGCAUGCAUUGGUGCCUCCCGGGCCUCACCGACACUUGGAACGAUCUAUUAGUCGCUACUCUCCCUGCAAUUGAAGGCUUGUAA